AUGGUUGUGGACCCAGACAACAUCCACCCCACCGUGGCUCUCGAACGCCCCAACAGCAAAAAGGCCACGUUCUACUGUGUCAGGUUCUUCCCUUUGGGUGACCAUGCAUGGUUAGUCGAGAAAGACAUCUCGAAGCUCCAACGACACGAAAUCGAGUCGUACAUCUCGGAGCCCCACAAAAAGUCGUCAGAGCUGUUGAAUGGGUAUCGCAUUGCUCUGGACCCUGCGACGUGGCUCGCAGAGAAAGAGGCUAUGAUCCAGGAUACAGUAGACAUGGAAGAAAAUGCUGAGAUUGAUCAGCUUGCAGAGACGGAGGAUGGAGAAGAUGAAGGGGGUGCAGAAACAAGGGAAGAAGAGGAAACGCGACGAUGCUUCUGCAUCUGUCAAAGAAAAGAGAGGAAGAAAUCCGACAAACCAGCGAAAGCUAAGGCAAAGAAAGACGCUGAUGCUGGAAGUACCACAAGAAAAGCCAAGGCCACCAAUGGCAAUGGAGCCUCUAAACGUUCUAAAAAGUCCCAAGCGAUGGUUGAGUCCGAGGAUGAAGGUGAAGCUGAGGCGGAUGCGGAGGAUGAGGCUGAAGAUGACGCAGAUGCCGGGCCCAGCACAAAGAGCUCCAAGAAGGCCGCGGCUGCAGCGGAUAAGGCCGCGGCUGCAGCGGAUAAGGCCGCGGCUGCAGCGGAUAAGGCUGCUAUGUCGCCCCCACCAGCGAAGAAAGCGAAACGGGACCGGGAUGACGAUGCAGAUGAAGUGGAGUGGAUUAUCGCAUCGCUCUGA